AUCCGCAUCCAACCCGAGGAGGUAGAGGGUUUCCCGCAGCCUCUCUCUCUCAUCGACAUCUCAUGCAUCAUUUUUGGGGAUUAAUUAUGUUUCUCUCCUAACGCACAGAUGACAGCGUAACCGGGGCGGUAAGCUGCUCAGAUACCCAAAACACAGCCGCUUUGUUGCAUCGGAUCUGUUGUGACUGGACAUGAAUUCGGCGGAACAGACGGUUACAUGGUUGAUUACGCUCGGGGUGCUGGAGUCGCCGAAGAAGACCAUCUCGGAUCCUGAAGCGUUUCUGCAGAGCUCCCUGAAGGAUGGGGUGGUGUUGUGUAGGCUGCUGGAGCGGCUCAGCCCGGGGUCCACGGAGAAAAUCUACCAAGAGCCGAAGAACGACGGCGAGUGUCUGAGCAACAUAAAGGAGUUUCUCAAGGGCUGCACAUCGUUCCGCGUCGAGCCGUUUGAGGCAAGCGACCUGCUGCUGGGGCUGAACUUCUCAAAGGUGCUGAGCAGUCUGGUGUCUCUGAAUAAAGUGACAGCAGAUAUCGGCGUGGGCAGUGACUCAGUGUGUGCCCGACACUCUUCAGCCCAUCGCAUCAAGUCGUUUGAGUCGCUGUCCUCUCAGGCUUCACUGGGCCGAUCCUCCAAGCUGCUGCAGAACCAGUUUCGCAGUCUGGACAUGUCAGAAAACAGUGGACAGCAGCUGCUGGUGAGGGCGCGUUUCAACUUCCAGCAGAACAAUGAGGAUGAGCUCACCUUCGAUAAGGGUGACAUCAUCAGUGUGACUCGUCAGGAGGAGGGCGGCUGGUGGGAGGGGAUGCUCAAUGGCAGGACUGGGUGGUUUCCUAGCAACUAUGUUCGCGAGGUCAAAGGCUCUGACAAACAAGUGUCCCCCAAGUCUGGCACUCUGAAGAGCCCACCGAAAGGCUUUGACACUUCUGCCAUCAGCAAGACGUACUAUAACCUGGUGUUGCAGAACAUUUUAGAAACAGAGACAGAAUAUUCCAAGGACCUUCAGAGUCUCCUGACGAACUACCUGCGACCUCUUCAGAGCAUUGACAAACUGAGCAGCUCAGAUGUGGCUCUUAUUCUGGGGAACCUUGAGGAGAUCAGCACCUUCCAGCAGAUGCUCGUCCAAUCACUGGAGGAAUGCACCAAGCUUCCAGAGAGCCAGCAAAGGGUGGGAGGCUUCUUCCUCAACCUCAUGCCACAGAUGAAGGCUCUAUAUGUUGGUUACUGCUCCAACCACCCCUCUGCAGUCAAUCUGCUCACCCAGCACAGUGAUGUAUUGGGGGAGUUUAUGGAGGGGAGGGGUGCAGUCAGUCCUGGGAUCCUCACCCUGACCACAGGCCUCAGUAAACCCUUUAUGAGACUUGACAAAUACCCCACCUUACUCAAAGAGCUGGAGAGGCACAUGGAGGAGAGUCAUCCUGACCGGCCAGACAUUCAGAAGUGCAUGGCGUCUUUCAAGAAUCUGUCUGCUCAGUGCCAGGAGGUGCGGAAGCGCAAGGAGCUGGAGCUGCAGAUUCUCACCGAGUCCAUCCGGCUGUGGGAGGGAGAUGACAUCAAGACCCUGGGCGCUGUGCUCUACAUGAGCCAGGUGUUGGUGCAGAGUCCCGGCUCAGAGGACAAGAGUGAGCGUUACCUCAUGCUCUUCCCUCACGUCCUCCUCAUGUUGUCUGCCAGCCCCAGGAUGAGUGGCUUCAUAUUCCAGGGAAAACUGCCCCUGGCCAGCAUGACAGUGAACAAACUAGAAGACUGUGAAGCCCAUAAAAACGCCUUUGAGAUCAAUGGCACAAUGUUUGACCGUCUCCAGGUGGUGUGCACCAACCAGCAGGACCUGCAGGACUGGGUGGAGCACCUGACCAGACAGAUCAAACACACUGCAGCCACAGGACCCAGCCACAAACCACUUACUGUUCCCUGCCACACGCUCCCAUCUCACCCUCUCACCCCGUCCCGGCACGCUGAGGGGAGGGGCAUGACAGUGGCUCCCACCUACCACACCCUUCCUCACCCCUCCUCCCAUGGAACGUCUCACAGCACCAUGAUGUGGGGCCCGCUGGAACCACCAAACACCCCGAAACCCUGGAGCCUGAGCUGCCUGCGGCCCGCACCCCCUUUACGACCCUCUGCAGCCCUCUGCUACAAGGAGGAUCUUAGUAAAAGUCCUAAGAGUGUGAAGAAACUCCUUCCCAAGCGCAAGCCUGAGAGGAAGCAGUCUGAGGAGGAAUUUGCCUUGAGGAAGAGUACAGCUGCUCUGGAAGAAGACGCCCAGAUCCUGAAAGUUAUUGAGGCUUACUGCACCAGCGCCAAAACCAGGCAGACUCUUAACUCCACCUGGCAGGGCACCGACCUGAUGCACAACCACGUGCUGGCCGAUGUGGACCGGUCCUGUACGGACUCGCCGGGCCGCCGUAGCAGCGUGUCCCGGCCAGAGUUGUCCUCUGACCUUUCGGAGGACUCUGACUAUGACUCCAUCUGGACCACCCACAGUUACAGGAUGGGCUCGGUGCCGCGACCGCGAAAGGAAGCAGGGCUCCAUAUGAUCAUCCCCGGUGAGAAGAAAGUCCUGGUGGAGGAUCCCAGUCGCAACGGACAAAGUACAGUAGAAGAAAAGAGCUUGGUGGAUGUAGUGUACGCCCUGAGGGACCAGGUUCAAGAGCUGAAACAGGAUAACAAGAAGAUGAAGAGGUCGCUGGAGGAGGAGCAGAGAGCACGGAAGGAUCUGGAAAAGGUUGUGAGGAGGGUGUUAAAGAGCAUGAAUGACCCAACAUGGGACGAGACAAACCUCUGAGCACUGUCUCUGUCUAAAGCUUUGAAAAGAGAAAGAAACAGCAUGGGUGUGUGGGCUUGGCUUGCACUGGGUGUGAGUGAGAGUGAAUCUGUAUGCAGGUAAUUUGUUUGAGAUGAGUGUUGGUACUGACAGGAACCACUGUGCCGUGAUGCUGAACAGACUCGACCAUCAAUUCCAUGAUAUCAUUAGUGGAACACCAAGGAAGAUGGUGAGGACAUCACACACUUAACCCUUGUGUGUCCAUCAGUGCAGCAUCCAUCAUCAGUGUCUUUGGCAGUGUGGCCUGAAGACACGUGGAGAGACGUCCUCCCUCUCUGUUUACAAUCAUUUUAAGGUCCGCUGUCCGAUGGUACAUCAAUGGUACUUUAAUGGUGUUAAAGGUCACAAAGGCCUUGGACAAAUCUGAACUUGAACCACACCAUUUCAUAACCUCUUUUAUGUUAUUUAAUUUUUUAUUAAUUGAUUUUUUUUUGUUUGACACAGGCUUAACCUGGGGACUGUUUAGAAAGCGGGUUUAGUGAACUCUGAGUAAGUUAAUCCUGAGAUGAUGAGCUCUGGGUUUUCCGUUCCAGAAAGAGAGGUAACUUAAACUCUGGGUCAGUUAAACUCAAGUCAACUGGCUGUGUGAAUCUAACCUGCUCUCUGGCAGGUUUUCCUCAACAAACCCUGAGUUUCUCUCUGUCUCCUCCCCCUUCGGAGCCAGACACAUUGUUUCAUUUCCUUGAUUUAGUCCGUAUCAAAGCGUGUAACAAAGCACAUUAGCGAAGGUUUACCCUAUGUCAGAAUCAGAAUCCUUGUUUGAUAUUAGUUAGUUACUCAGGAUGAUCUCUGAUUACCGCUUUUAUGUGCUGUCAGUCAUGUUUUUGAACAGCAGUUUUCAUCCUUACAUUAAAUUCAAACAGCAUCAAGUCUCUCUAUGUCCGCUGGAUCCGUACCGGUUGCCAUGGUGACUCAUAGUUAUCGGAGCUCCAUUGAUGAUGGCUUUAUUUCAUUCUCAGUGCACGAGCUAGAGUUGAUUGAACUGACUCCAAUCAGCUGUUCUCAAACCGAAAUCUCAGAGUUUUCCAACUCAGGGUUAGUCAGCAGUCGACUGUGGACAGUAGACUCUGAGUUACUCAGACUUAAGGGUUCAACUCAGAGUUUGUUAAACCUGCUUUCUGUAACAGGCCCCUGGUGAUUUUAGGUCGAAGUGAAGCCUGUGCCAGGAGACUCAUCCUUUGUGUCCUUUUUAUUUUGUUCUGCCUUUUUUCGUCCUCUUUACUGUUUGACCACUUUGCGGAUUGACUUUCUUUCUAGGGAUCCUAGGGAAUUGUACAGAUAUUGAAUUUGUACUGUAUAAUGUAAAUACUGCAAAAAGAUGAGCCUUUGUCCUUUGGGAGAAAUAAAUGUGUUUUUUAGAAGAAGUCAAGUCACUUUAUUAUGU